AUGGAGGAGGAUGCUGCUGAGGAGAAUGAUGACUGUGAGGAGGAUGAUUAUGAAAAGGAUUGUGAUGAGGAUGAAGGUGAACAGGAUGAGAAGGAGAGGGAAUGUACAGAGGAGGAUGAACCCAGAGCAGCUCCCUCUGUGCCACCCAAGCAGCAGAAUCAGUUCCCUGAUUGUGGGCAGAGUUUCCGACCUAGCUCAGAGCUGGAGAAGCAUCACUGCCCCCACCCCAGCACCCGGCCCUUCAUCUGUGGUGCCUGUGGCAAGAGGUUCAGCCAGAGCUCUGACCUCAUCCGGCACCACCUCACCCACACCCAUGAGAAGGCCUUCACCUGCAGGGAUUGCAGAAAAACCUUCAAAACCAGCUGCAGCCUCAGCAUCCACCGCCGCAUCCACACUGGAGCGAAGCUGUUCCCCUGCGCUGAGUGCUGCAAGAGCUUCACCACAAGUACUGCAUUCAUUCAGCACCAACUCAUCCACAGCGGUGAUAAACCAUACAGAUGUGCCGACUGCGGCAAGAGUUUCACGCAGAGCUGCGGCCUAACUCAGCACCGCCGCACCCACACCAGUCUCAGGCCGUACAGCUGUGCUGACUGCGGCAAAAAGUUCACUCACAGCUCUGCCCUCAGCCAGCACCGCAGUGUGCACAGCACUGAAAAGGCCUUCCUCUGUUGGGACUGCGCUAAAAGCUUCAAAACCAGGUCUAGCCUCACCGUCCAUCGCCGCGUGCACACCAGAAAGAAGCUGUUCCCUUGUGAUGAGUGCGGGAAGACCUUCACCCAGAGUUCCAACCUCACCAAGCACCGCCGUGUGCACACUGGUGAGAAACCCUUUACCUGUGCUACCUGCCGCAAAAGUUUCACCCAGAGUGUACACCUCAUUCAGCACCGUCGUGUGCACACUGGUGAGAAGCCAUUCACUUGUCCUGACUGCGGCAAGGGUUUCACCCAGACGGGACACCUCACCAAGCACCGCUGCACCCACACUGGCACCCGGCCCUUCAUCUGUGGUGACUGUGGCAAGAGGUUCAGACAGAGUUCUGACCUUACCCGGCACUGCCUCACCCACACUGGAGAGAAGCCAUUCACCUGCACUGACUGCGGCCAGAGUUUCAGCCGUAGCUCCACCCUAGCGCAGCACCGCCGCACCCACACCGGUGAGAGGCCAUACAGCUGUGCUGACUGCGGCAGGACUUUCACUCGCAAGUCUGCCCUAACCCGGCACCGCAGGAUGCACAGUGCUGAGAAGGCCUUCAACUGCAGGGAUUGCGGGAAGAGCUUCAAAACCAUCUCCAACCUCAGCAUCCACCGCCGCAUCCACACUGGAGAGAAGCUGUUCCCCUGUGCGGAAUGUGGCAAGAACUUCACCACGAGCACUGCAUUCAUUCAGCACCAACUCAUCCACAGUGGUGACAAACCAUACAGCUGUGCCGACUGCGGCAAGAGGUUCACCUAUAGCUCUGCCCUAACCCUCCACCGUCGUGUGCACACUGGUGAGAAGCCUUUCACCUGUGCUGACUGCUGCAAGAGCUUCACGUGCAGCUCUGACUUCACGCGACACCGUCGUGUGCACACUGGUGAGAAGCCUUUCACAUGUCCCGACUGCAGCAAGAGCUUCACUCAGACCUCCAAUCUCAUGCGUCACCGCCGCAACCACACCACUGACCAGCCCACAGUGCAGAGGCACAAAUAG